UUGCACAUAAGACCACCUCCAUCGGAGGCUUUAAUGAAAGGUUCUAAAAAAAAAACCAAAAAAAAUAAAUGGAAAAUGAGUUAAAAUGACAGAACCGGUGCUAAAUAUAACACUUUUAGAACUGAUAAGGACCCUAUACGUGCUCAUUUGUUAUUGGCUAAUGCCUUCUCUUUCUUCCUUUUCUUUUUGUCGAUGUUUUUUUUUUUGUUUGAGAAAGAGAUCUUCGUCGAUUUUGAUCCAUGGUUUUGAGAAAUCAUCUCUUCACUUCACCAUGGCUGCUUCAGAUUCGUCUCUCCACCUUCAACCCCAAAUCCCUUCCUUUCUCCUUCUCCAGACCCGCCUCAGCUUCCCUCUUACCUCCUUCCAUCUCCUUCAAACUCCACUCUGAAUCCCCUUCCCUCUCCAUCUGCGCCGGAAACGUUGAGAUGGUUGAGGCGAUGUGCAGAGACAGCCGUCUCGUUCCUGGGGCUGCAGCUACUGAAAUAGAACUGGUUCAGAGAUUGAAGGAAUAUGUCAACGCAGAAACAGGGUUGGACAAAUAUGCCAUCUCCAAAUACGCAGAGAGCUUCAAGUUUCUUAUAUCGAUUAGUUUUAGGAUUUUGGUGUGUAAAUUGAUUACGAUCGGGAAUGACUCGUAUGUACAAUUGGUUGUCUAAGCUUAUGAUUGUUGUGCCAUUGAAAAGAUCUUGAGAUUGUUGUGAUAAAAACUAUUUUCAUGUAUGGUUCUUCUAGACGAUGUAUGCUUAUCGUAUAUGGUUCUUUUUGAGAA